GUUAGACGUUAAAUUAUUUCAUUUCAUUUUCUCUUGAAGUAAAUGUUCGUGUUUUACCGCACAGUACAGCAAUGAUUAUAUAUCUGCUUGUUUAAUUUUGUUUUAAAUAAAAUAUUUUAAUCAUUUAAAAGUAAUUAUUAUAUUCGUAAAUAAUUGAUAAUAUAUAAAAAUGGAUAUCGGAGAGUGUCUAAAAGAGUGGGAUGAUUUAGUAACUGACUACAAACGAUUAGAGGUUAUAAAUAAAGAUUAUACUACAAAAUUAGAGGAGAUUGGCGAACUACAAGCAUCAUGUUUAAAAGAACUCAACCAUCAAAGAUAUCGCAUGUCAAUUAUAACUGGCGCCCUAAAGAGGAUGGAAAAGAAGGGUGUGACAAAGGAUGAGCGUCAGGCAAAUUUAGAAAAGGAAAUCAUGAAGAGGAAAGCUAUGCUGCACGAAAUUGAAGCGACUCUACCCAAACAAAACAGCCUGUAUCUAAGAAUUAUUCUUGGUAACGUAAACGUGUCGAUUCUCAACAAAAACGACAAAUUUAAAUAUAAAGAUGAAUACGAAAAAUUUAAAUUGAUACUGAGUGCAAUAGCAUUCGUUCUUGCUGUUGGUAAUCUGUGGAUAAACUUUAGGCCAUUACAAUUGAUACUGAUAUUUCUACUAGUCUGGUACUAUUGCACACUGACGAUUCGUGAGAGCAUACUAAAGGUCAACGGCUCCAGGAUAAAGGGCUGGUGGAGGUUACAUCACUUUAUUUCCACCGUAGUAGCCGGAAUACUGCUCAUUUGGCCACAGAAUGAACCCUGGAAUGAGUUUCGACACACAUUUAUGUGGUUUAUUGCUUAUAUAAGUGUAGUGCAAUACAUGCAAUUUAGAUACCAAAGUGGAGUUCUAUACAGGCUGAAGGCACUGGGUGCGAGACAUAAUAUGGAUAUUACCAUAGAAGGUUUCCACUCAUGGAUGUGGCGUGGACUCUCCUAUCUUCUACCAUUCUUAUUCGGGGGCUAUGUGUUCCAGCUAUACAUUGCGUACACGCUCUACCACAUAAGCUAUCACCCAGAAGCUACAUGGCAGGUACCAGCAUUAAGUAUGUCGUUUCUGCUUAUCGGCAUCGGAAACUCGGCGACCACGCUCAUAGUGAUACCGCAGAAACUGAACGAGCAGGUGACUUACCUGGCGGCUUUGUUCCUUAUUUUGCACUGCUGCAACAUGUUCACAAUACUACGACUGUUGCGCAAGAAAAUGCUUGGGCGGUCGAAACUGCGCUACAAAUUACGUGCAAUCGCGUACCGUCUGUCCAAUGAGAUCGCAGUUUUGGAUCAAAAGUGGAGGCAAAAUAAAGUGGAUACAAAAAGUACUUAGUCGGUGAUGGGUCAAUAUCUAAAUGGAAUUAUUUAUCAAUACCUUUAUAUCUGAUUAUUUAAACAAUAUAUUUUCAUAUAACAAAGUAUUUGGACUGUGGGUAUUAAUGUUAUUUCUCGAUGUAAA